AUGCGUGGAGCUUUGAUACACGGCUGUCGGCUUCUCUUCCUAACUCAAGUCUGGCAUGUGAUUUAUGGGAUUGCUGAUGCCACAACCGAGGUUGUGGUGACGUGCAAUGAGGAUGUGUUGCUCCCUUGUCAAGUUGUCCAGGAUCCACUGGUCCCAUAUAAGGAAAUCUCCUGGUAUAAGAUCAAUGAACAGAGUGAAGAAUUGUCAAAGGUAGUAUGGAAGAAGCUGAGGUAUAAUAAAGAACAGAAUUAUUCAAGACAACUUAAUUCAUCUUCAGAGGUCUCCAACAGUCAAUGGCAUUCUCUGAGGAUUAAAAAUACCACAGACUACGACAGUGGGAGGUAUAAGUGCAUUUUGGAACCAUCAGAUAGAAAGAACAAUGAAAGUAACACUAUUACACUCAUAGUAAAAGGUUGUGCAGAGCAAUUAGAAGACGCAAAAUUUAAAAAGUACAGAGCAGAGCUUGUGCUAUUGUGCUCGCUUGGACUUUUCUACUUGCUGCUCAUUUUUUUUACCUGCUGUUGCCUAAAGGACGAAGGGUCUCGAGAUUUACAUAAAUCCAGAAAGAGACAUGCCACCAACAGCCUUCGCCUUAGCAGUACCUAUCGAAAGAGCGACUCCAAUGGCACGAACAGCAACAAACUCAAUCCGCAUUCUCCACCAGUGGAUUUUCUUGAGUCGGUGGAGACUCAUCAGCAGUCAUAACAUCAAGACAGAUGGAUGAUAUAGACAUUUACCAUGCCAUUCCUCUUCAGAGUAACCUGAAAGUCUAAUCUGCCAGCUACUUGCUUUAGCCAGGAAGGUCUUUAGAGGGCGUAGUUCCAAACACUACAACAUGAACAUCCACCAGUGAUGGUAACACGUUCAUGCAAGGU